AUGUUUCGAUCAAUGGCUUUAAAUAAGGCUGCUGGUGACAAGAUGAAAAUGGCUGGCUCUGCUGUGCUGCUCAUUUCGCUCCUAUCGGCUAUCGCCCCCCUACCCUCUGAAGCCCUCAACGUGAGAGGUCAUCUGCUGAAAUCAAAGACGUUCCGUUCUCCGCCCAUCUUACUGGGGCCUGGAUCAGUCUCAAACAAGUACUACCAUGACGUCGACUUCCCCCGAGGCCACCUUGCAGUCAAGAGCUUUAAUGCUGAGGUCGUCGAUGAGAAUGGCGUCCCUGUCCCGCUCCAUGAGACUUACCUGCAUCACUGGGUUGCAGUACCAUACUAUGCUCUCAAGGACAACCAGAGCUCUGAUGCGCAAAAGGUUCCCGCAAUGCUUAAAGGGAAUGAUGGAGUGUGCAAGAGAGCACUAACCCAGUACUUCGGGCUCGGUUCCGAGACUCGCCACACCGCCACAUGGGUUCCUGAUCCUUAUGGAAUUGAGACCGGCAACCAAGAGAAGGCCCCUGAAGGCUAUGAGGAGAAAUGGCUGCUCAAUAUUCAUGCCAUCGACACGAGGGGCGUGGCCGACAAGCCUAGCUGCACCGAGUGCAAGUGCGACUUCUACAAUGUCACAAUUGAUGAGUAUGGGCGCACAGUCUCGAAGAACUACACUGGUGGGUUGCUUUGCUGCUAUGAUCAGACCCAGUGUCGGCUCAAAGCAGGGUUCAACGCCGAGGUGCGGAAGGUGUUCUUGCAGUACACCGUGACUUGGCUCGACUGGACUGAUGCGGUGGUGCCUGUCAAGAUCUACAUAUUUGACGUUACGGAUACCGCUAUGCUUGACGGGACUCAUGAACACUCUUGCAAGGUUGAGUAUCAAGUUGAGGAAUGCAGCGCGGAAAACCGAGCCAACAAUGAGUGCAUCCAUACUAAGACUACCAGAGCGGUCUUGCCGCGUGGAGGAGAUAUCGUGUACAGUGUUGCACACCAGCACUCUGGAGGAGUCGGUGCUUCUCUGCAUGGCCAGGAUGGACGCCUUCUAUGUGAAUCGCUUCCAACUUACGGCACAGGGAAGGAGGCAGGGAACGAGGCAAACUACAUUGUCGGCAUGUCGAGUUGCUACCCUAAGCCAGGAUCCAUCAAGGUCAGCGACGGCGAGGUGCUGACCAUCGUCUCCAACUACAGCAGCGACCGAGAGCACACCGGCGUCAUGGGCCUGGUCUACAUCCUCGUGGCCGAGCCGCAGCAGCCGGCUCCGGCGCCAUCCCUGUGCUUCAGUUUUCCGGCCCCAUGGUGCCUACCGGCAUGGAUGUCUAGCAACAUGUGA